UACCUGCCUUCCACUUGUGAGACAUUUGCUAGUGGUCUGGCUCGCUGAAAAUAUAAAGUCAUGUCAAGCCAUGCCUCAAAAAAAGAAAAACGGUUUCUUUUUACCUCAGAAUCUGUUGCAGAAGGACAUUCUGACAAAAUGUGUGAUCAGAUAAGUGAUGCUGUUUUAGAUGCUCAUCUCAGUAUUGAUCCAGAUGCCAAGGUUGCCUGUGAAUGUGUGGCAAAAACUGGAAUGAUUUUGCUUUGUGGAGAGAUCACAUCCCGGGCUAUAGUAGAUUACCAACAAAUAGUAAGAGAGACCCUUAAGAGGAUAGGGUAUGAUGACUCUUCUAAAGGAUUGGACCAUAAGACUUGCACAGUUCUAGUGGCCUUAGAGCAACAGUGUCAAGAGAUCAAGCACGCUGUCUCCCAUGGCAAGAGUGACGAUGACAUUGGAGCAGGGGAUCAGGGUUUGAUGUUUGGCUAUGCCACUGAUGAAACUGAGGAAUGUAUGCCUUUAACAGUCCUCCUGGCACAUAAGCUUACUUCAAGGAUAAAGGAUCUGGAACGAAAUGGAACAUGGCCCUGGGUUAGACCAGAUGGAAAAACACAGGUCACUAUGGAAUACAAGGAGAGUGAUGGAGCAGUGGAACCCAUCCGAGUGCAUACAGUUGUGAUCUCAGUACAUCAUGCCCCAGAUGUACCUCUACAACACAUACAAAAGGAGCUAAUGGAGAAAGUUGUUAAAGAAGUCAUUCCAGAGAAGUAUCUCGAUGAAGACACAAUUUAUCAUCUCCUUCCAAGUGAGAAAUUUGUAGAAGGUGGUCCUAAGAGUGAUGCUGGUCUGACUGGUAGGAAGAUCAUUGUUGAUACAUAUGGAGGUUGGGGAGCCCAUGGUGGAGGAGCUUUCUCUGGAAAAGACCCAUCCAAAGUUGAUCGUUCUGCAGCAUAUGCAGCUCGAUGGGUUGCAAAAUCUCUGGUGAAAGCUGGUCUCUGUAAAAGAGUAUUAAUACAGCUAUCAUACGCUAUUGGUCUGAGUCAUCCUCUUGCAAUCUCUGUGUUUCAUUAUGGAACCUCAGACAGAUCUGAAGAAGAGCUGCUUGAGAUUGUACAGAAAAACUUUGACCUACGUCUUGGAGCUAUCAUAAGGGAGCUGGAUUUGAAGAGGCCAAUCUAUCAAAAAACAGCAUGCUAUGGGCACUUUGGGAGAGAAGAAUUUACAUGGGAAAUACCCAAAAAGCUUGUGUAUUAAGCUUUUCAGAAUGCUUCAGUUAACUGACAGGUGGUUUGACAAUCAGGUACAACUUCAAGCUGUUCACAUAAAGACUGCACCUACUCUUGUUUUAAAAUGACACUGUGUAGCUAACAGAUGUACUAAAAAUCGUAUGUAUUCAAAUUCUAACUUUCAACUUCAAA